AUGAUAAAAACUAUCCCAGAAUCCAGACAGUUGUCAACAAAGUGGGCAGCAUUGCAAACGAAUUCCGGGUCCCACAAUUUGAAAUUUUGGCGGGAAAACACGAAAUGUCUACAGAGAUGUCAACAAGAAUCAGAAUCUGAGAAAAGGAAUGGAGAGGGGGAUAUGAACAAAGAAUCAAAUAUAGUCACUUCUGAAAGCUGUAUAGAAGCUCAUGUAGCUGUGAAGACAAAAGGAAGCAAAAAUAAAAGAAUGAAAACUUUGUUGACUUUUACUGAUAAAUCAUGGGAACAUAUUGAUCAUGUGAUAAUGAACCUUCCUGCUUCUGCUUUACAGUUUCUAGAUGUAUUUAGAGGACUUAUACAGAUGAAAUAUUGGAAAGGAUCUCUUCCAUGGAUUCAUUGCUAUUGCUUCAUUCGAUCAAAUGAGACUCAAGAAUCAGUGGUUUCAGAGGCAGAAUCUCUCUUGAAUGCUAAGAUACACGACCCCUUAUUUCAUCGAGUCAGAGAUGUUGCUCCAAAUAAGGCGAUGUAUUGUUUGAGCUUUCGAUUGCCCGAAGAAGCAUGCAUCAAUGAAGUUUCUUGAUUUAAAUAUUGUAACUUUUUUACAUUGUUAUUUGGAUGAUAAUUAAUUAUCCAUAACUUUUUUUUUGUGUGUUUUAGGAUAAGAGUUUUCGAUAAAGUAUAAUACUCUUCUUUUUCGCGAUGGUCUAUUAAAAACCUUAAAAACAGACACGAUAACAAAGAUCAAAAAACAAGUAAAAGAACAAUUAGAAUUCCACCAUUGAAAUUGAAAGAUGCAAU